AUGGACGGCGGGGCCACCGGGCCCUGUGGCACUGAGGACACCGCAGUGACCCUGGAGAGCAACUCUGGGGAGGAGUCCAGAGAUGGCCGCUCCAGCUAUGUCACUGAGCGAGCGUCGGCUCUUGCCAGCGCAGAGACCGUCAGGCCAGGGGGUCCACAGAGGUCCACCUUGGAGGAGCAUCCCUACCAGUGCCAGCAGUACAGGGCCAAGCCCUACAUCUGCGAGCUCUGCAGCAAAGCCUAUUCACACCAGGGCACACUGCAGCAGCACCACCUGCACACGGGCAAGUGGCCCUAUGAGUGCCCCUUCUGUGCCAAAACCUACACCUGGUCCUCAAACUACCGCAAGCACAUCCACACCCACAUGGGCGAGAGCCCCUACGGCUGCGCUGACUGUGGGAAGGCCUUUGCCCCCUCCUCCGAACUCCGCAAGCACCAGCGCAACAUGCACCGCAACAACAAGCCUUUCCCCUGCCCCGACUGUGGGCACACCUUCAACAAGCCCCUCUCCCUGCUCCGCCAUCAGUGGGCACACUUAGGGGCCACGCCGUUCCCCUGCCCCAACUGUGGGAAGGCCUUUGCCGUGGCCAGCCGGAUGGUGGAGCACCAGCGGGACGGGCAACACAUCCACACCCACAUGGGCGAGAGCCCCUACGGCUGCGCUGACUGUGGGAAGGCCUUUGCCCCCUCUUCGAACUCCCGCAAGCACCAGCGCAACAUGCACCGCAACAACAAGCCUUUCCCCUGCCCCGACUGUGGGCACACCUUCAACAAGCCCCUCUCCCUGCUCCGCCAUCAGUGGGCACACUUAGGGGCCACGCCGUUCCCCUGCCCCAACUGUGGGAAGGCCUUUGCCGUGGCCAGCCGGAUGGUGGAGCACCAGCGGGUCCACACCGGCGAGCGGCCCUUCGCCUGCGCCGUAUGCGGCAAGGCCUUCACCAAGUCAUCCAACCUCUUCAAGUACCAGACGCUGCACGCGGGUGAGUGGCCCUACGAGUGCCCCGACUGCAGCAUGGCCUUUGUCCAGUCCUCCUGCCUCACCCGCCACCGUCGCACCCACACUGGCGAGCCACCCUUCACCUGCCCCCACUGCACCCAUGCCUUCACCCGCCCCCACUGCACCCACGCCUUCACCCGUGCGGCCACCCUCAAGUGGCACCAGCAGCUCCACGGCAGCUCCCUGCACCGGUGCGGCACCCUGCCGACCCCAACAGCCCCUCUGCAUGGACUGCAAUACCUCCCAGCAUGGUGCGGAGGAGCCCUGGCCUCCCCAGCAUGGCUGGGGAAAAACCACAUCUGGGGUUGUGAGUGCCCCUGCACCCCAUGGAGCCCCUGGCACAUGGCCGUCGGCGAAAGAGGAGGCAGUCGGUGA